AUGUCACUACCACAAGAAACCACAACCAUGCAGUCCACACCUUCACCCAUCCCCGUCACCAUCAGCAUACCAUCAUCAACAAUAACUGUGGAAUCAGCACCAGCAACGCCACUUUAUCAAUCAUACCACUCACAAAUCGAAAAUUUGAAACGGCUUCCUAUCCCAUAUAGUGAUAUCUACCACGCUCUUUCUUCAUAUGAUACAUUCCCUCUCCGGACAAUCCACGAACGCUUCCGCAGCGCAUCAACAAGUUUGACAUCAUGGCUAGAGAGCGCAGAGAUGGCAGUCUUUGCGCUCGAGAUGGAUGUUGGUCAGGAGGGCGCAGCAGAUAAGCGUGACAUCGGUGAGAUGGAUGUAAUCAUGAACCGCUUCCAGCCCAACGUCGACAUGUUGGUCGAACUCAAAGAAAAAAUUGAACAGAGGCUAAAAUCAUCAUCAUUCGCAGAGCAAGAAGAGGUAGCAUCUCUUCAGAUUGACCAGGAUCUCAAUCAAACCAUUCAAGGCAUCAAGUCAAGCUGGGCUGCUCUUAAACAGAUGCUUGAGAAGGUUAAAGGAGAUCUUGCAGGCGCAAGGCUACGCGCUGAGCUCAUGACACAUAUGGAUAGUGUUCUCGCUGAUAUUGAUGAUAUCUGUACCAGCAUCGACGCUUACAACAACGAGCGCAGCGCCAUGACUUCUGAUGAUGAGGGUUUGUUGCCAAGCCGCGCGAGCCACAGUGAUGUAGACCAACAGGCCAAGCAACGAAGUCUCGAGACACUCGCCCAAGUUGACUCGCGUAUUGAACUUUUGAUUUCCAGGAUCGACUUUUUGGAUAAUCGUGUCGGCUCCUUACCCAAGCCCGAGACUGGACUUGGCAACGAGUCCGAGGAUACCCUUCAGAGCAAAUACCAGCAGGUACUUUGCCGCUGGGAUGAUCUCAAGUUCCGCCGCGAACGUGUCAGCGAUGAACUCAAAGACGACAAGUGGCUGGAAGUCUUUGAUCAAGUUGCCGAACAGGUCGAGUCGAUGAUGGACUCGAUUGAAAGGGCUGUGUUACACUGCCAAGGCCUCCUUGAUCACAUCAAAACGAUGGUCCGUAACAAUACUGUUCCUGAUGCCCCCAUCGACCGUGAACACCUCUACAACAUUUUCAAGUCCUUCGAAGCCAAGCACAAGUACUAUACCCCUGCUGUUAACCAGAUGCUCGAGAUGCUGGAGAAUGGCAUUGAGAGCCGCACGACUCGAAAUAUGGAUGUCAUUUCCAGACAUCAGGCCAUGAAUGUCAAAUGGGACCGCCUUGAGGAUGGACUUGAGCGCGUCGACAGAGAACUUGAUGAUGUUGAAAGACUACUGGAUAUCCUUGACAACUCAAGGCUCCCUUACUUACCCAAGUUGCCUCUCAAGAAGCCCGAGCCCGCUACAAAUGUGAAACGUCAGUCUGCUACACCUACCAAACCUGGUUGGAAGUCGUCUACGUCUAAGGCACAGACUACAACUGCCAGAGGACAGCCUGCUCAAAAGCAGGCAGCACAACGACAAACACCAGCACAGCGUGGCCGACAGCCUACGCCAACAUCUACUCAACGCUUCCCAGCAGCCACUCGUGGUCGCUCCAGGUCGCAAUCCCCUACGGACGGUUACUAUGAUUAUCGCCCAUGGUCGCCUGCCAACUCGACCAGCGGCUUGUCACAGUCAGGUCUCCUCACAGCCAGUGCCUUGAACAACUAUAGAUCUCUUAGCCCCAGCCCCACGCGUGGUAACUACCGUUCUCGCCCAUGUAUGAACAGGUGUCCAUCGGUCUCGUUGUCUUCCCCUGGCAUUCCAGGUAUUCCUCAGGUCCUCUCUGCAGCUGCAACUUUCAUUCCUCGCCCUGUUAGUGUGAGUCAAAACCGUAUUGACUCUCCCGCGCCCACUGGUCGCGCUUCUGCCAUGUCAAAUGGAUCUAGAAGCAACACGAAUACCCCAUCGAUGCUCAGGACUCCUGCCCAGAUCAAACCUGUUUUCUCGCCCUCUGGAAGCAAUAGCAAGCUUUCGAGUGGUGUGCGCUCGACUGUCACAUCACCUACACCCACUGGUAAUGGUCGUAAGACAGGAUUACCAAUGCCCGCAUCGAGACAAACCAACCAGCGCACGACUUCACCCCAAGUGCAACGAGGGCAAUAUAGCCGUGAGGCCUCUUCCCCCACUCCAGCUAGCUAUGGCGCCGGCUCCCGACUUUCAACCUCGUCCAUGUCGUCCAUGUCGUCCAUGUCGUCCAUGUCUUCCGCUUCUGGACGUCAGAGGCAGCUCAGCGCCAACGGUACUCAAGGUUAUAAUGGCCGCUCAUCGCCUGUAUCAACCCGUCAAAACUAUGGUUACUAUGAUGAUCGUACCUAUGGCUCCCGCCCUGGCUCUCGUCCUGGCUCUGCUGCUGGGUCAAUAUCGAGUCUAGGGAGAGAUCAUUACGGAUAUGAUGAGCCUCUUAGCCCCACAGUCCCCUCCCGGCAAUUUCGCUACGGCCGUGAGCAGGCUCUACCAGAAUUGAUGGAUAGAAUGAGCAUCCACUUGGAUGAUGUUGAGCCCUAUAGCCCUAUCCGGGGGGACGAACUUGAUGAAGAAUUUGCCAAGGUGGUAAACGCUAGCCCCAUCCAGAUGCAGGUCCGACGUUUGGGUGAGGGUAAAUACUACUUUGGCGGACACCUCGAUGCGCAGGGUACAUCGUUGGUCGGAGGCAAGAUGGCCCUCUGCCGACUGAUGGAGUACGGUCGCAUUGUCCCGGGCGACGGGGACGAUUCUGGUGUGUCAAGCGCCGGAAGCCACAGUGGAACCGAUGACGGUCUCCAACCGACUACCGGUGCAUCUUCACGCCGCAAUGGCUCACGUCCUCAGGGCAGUCUUGCAGCAUUACAAGCUGAAGAAGCAGCGCAGAAGAAGAGACCCCGCAAGGUGUUGGUUCGUGUUGGAGGUGGUUGGCAAGAUUUGGAUAUCUUUUUGUUGGACCACAGCAACUUGGCUACCGACAGUGCCGUCCGCGCAUACUAAGACUCGCUGAUUGUCAAUCAUCUUGUGUAAAUUACAAAUGU